UGUUGACAGCUGCGUCACUUUGAUGUUCCUUUGAACUCACAUGUUAUAAAUAGUUUCUGUUAAAGUUAUGAAUUAAUUCGCAGCGUGACGUCACCGCUCGGUCGCAAAAUGAGCGUUUUUGAUUUGUUCCGCGGGUUCUUCUCGGUUCCCGGAAGUCACCACCGCGGCCGGAGGGACCCCUUCUUCGAUGCCAUGACCCAUGACGACGACGAUGAUGAUUAUGAUGAUGAAGAGGAGGAUGGCUUCUUCCAUGACGCGGACCGGGGGGGGCAGCAGGAUCCCUUCGACAGCGCCCUGAGGUUCGGCUUCAGCCUGGGUCCAGACGGGAUGAGGAUCCAGGAGCCGCCGCUGUUUGGACACGUCCUCCGGGAGAUGGAGGAGAUCUUCUCCCAGCUGGGACACUGGGACUCGGCACUCGAGUCUGGACACUUCGGUGUUCCCAACAUCACGCCGCCGCCGUCAUCUCAGGACAGACUAGAGGACGGUGGGGGGGGAUCCAGUGGGAACCCCCUGAGGGACUUCAUGUUGAAGACCCCUGACGGAGACACUCGAGGGCCCCAGCCCGGAGCGCAGAGAGAGCCCAGACAAGAUGGCCGCCCUUUUUCCAAGUUCUACGACAUCUGGAAACAGGGGAUUGAGAAACAACCAGCGGAGGGGCACAGAGAAGACAGAGAUCUGGACUCUGCCGUGUCCGCGGGGGGGCUGGACAAGAUUCUGACGCCCCCUGCUGGUCAGGCGCAGAGUCGGCCCAGAAUCCAGUCGUUCUUCCAGUCGGUCUCCAUCAGCAAGGUGGUGAAACCUGACGGGACUGUGGAGGAGAGGAGAACAGUCAGCGAUGGAAAAGGCAAUGAGGAAACCACAGUGACCCGCUCAGGAGGUCCCGGGGUCCUGGAGCGACCCGGCGACCGACCUGGUCCUGGUCUACCCGGUGGUCAACGGCCCUUUUCAGACUUGCGGGAUGAUGACUCGUUGUUUUCCCAGCUCUUCGGAGGGUUUAAAUAACACGUUGGUCCAUUUGUUCUCUGGACUAAUCGAGCGUUGGAUUGUUCACCCGCUAAUAGGGAACGUGAGCUGGGUUUAGACCGUCGGGAGACAGGUUAGUUUGACCCGACUGAUGAUGUGUUGUUGCAAUAGUACUUCUAUUGCGUCAGUAGAGCUGUGAGUUUUCACAGGUUAGAUCUGUAAGUGGACAGAACGCUUUUAAAGACAGACAGCUGCCAAAUUUAUUUAUCGGAUCACCGGCCCGAUGUUAACGCCGGGUUCCCACCCGAACACGUAGCCACACGUCAGGGAUUGAACAGUUCACGAUUGCAUAUUUUAUUUUUGUAUGUUCCCGCAGACAGACCCGUGUUUAUGUAUGUUUAUGAGUGUGAUGAACCAAAUAAAGGGUCUUAAUAUAUUGAA